AUGCUUCGAUAUGAUUACGUUCGUCCAAAAAUUUUACACAAACGUUCCAAUAGUACAGAUAAUGAUGAUAGUGAUACCAAUAAUCGAGACCCAGGUCGAGAAGUUAUUGAAAAAAAUACUCGAAAUCGUUUACAACGUACUGCUACUCAAACAAAAGAAGAAUUAAACAUAGUACUUAAACGUGUUGAUGAUACAUUAAAUAAUUAUGAAUCUUCAGUUAAAUCAUCUUUAGUUCAACAUGGAAUGGCACCUGAUGAUAUGGCAAAUAUUGAAUAUGUUGCUGAUAUAAAAGAAUUAGAAAAUUUAUUAAAUGAUAGUUUAGCUAAAAAACGAUACCAACAACGUUUAAUGAUUUUCAUUGUUGGACAAACAGAACAAUUAGAUGAAAAAACAAAACUUCUUCAACAAAUUAGCCAAUUUUUUAAUGAACAAAAACAAACUUUUAGUUCAAAAGAAUUUAAUAUUUCUGAUGAAAUAAAUGAAACACCAAAUGAUAUUGAUCAAGCACUCAAAUCAUUUGAUGUUAAAGAUUGUUAUGUUCAUGUUAGAGAAUUAGGUACACGAUUAACUGAACUUAAUGAAGAAAUUAUUGAAUAUUUAAUUCAAAAUGCUGCAGCAAAACAACAAGCAAAAGGAAAAAAGAAAUCAACUCCAAUUCCUAAAGAAAUUAAAGAACAAUUAACUAAUCUUCAAACAAAAUUAGACACAGCAAAUACAGAUAUCAUAAAUAGAGAUGAGAAAAUUCAAUUCUUAGAAAAUGAAAUCAAUACAAUACGUAAUGAAAUACAAACAAAUCAAGAUAAUCAAAAAAUAUUACAUAAUCAAUUAAAUCAAUAUGAAUUAGAAAUUAAAUCUUAUAAAGAUCGUAUUGAUGAAUUAGAAAAUAUUAUUGAGGAAUAUAAUUAUCAAAGAGAUGAUUUAACAAAAAUCAAAUCAACUACUCAUCACUUGAAUGCAAAUGAUACUACUGAUACAAGAAAAACAAACUUACAAAAAUUUGAAAAAAAAGAUAAUAAAUCUUCGAAAAUAAUUGUUUCAAAUCAAACAGAUAAAGAAGAAGAUAAAACACAAGCGCCUGACAGUUCAAAUGAAAUCACUCAUUAUAAUGAACAGAUACCUUCAAAUAAUAUUGAAGAACUCCCAGAUCUCAAUGUAUUAUUUAAUUUAAACAAUGAAAUUGAUUUGAAUGAUGUGACAACCGAAAAUCUACCAACAACAUUUGCCAAUCUACGACAACUCGCUAUUACUCGUAUAACAGAGUUAUCGAAAGAACUUGAAAUAAAGGAAUUAAUAAAUAACGAGAGAAUACAAAAUUUACAACAAGAAUUUGAUGAAUAUAAAAUAAUCUGUGAAAAAGAACAAAAUACAUUGAUUGAAAAAGCAAAUAAUGCUUAUCAAUUACAACUAAAAGCACAAAAAACAUCAGAAGAAGCCUUGAAUCAAUUACAAUUACUCGCCAAUGAACAAGGAAAAUCGAAAAUUAGUUCAAUUCAUCAAGAGACACAAAAAGAACCACAAGACACUCUUGAAAACAUCACUUCAUUACCGGAACAAACUAAUCCUAUAGAAGAACUAUCAAAUGAUCGUUUAUCAUCUCAUUCAAAGGAUAUUGAUGAAGAAACUGAGUCCAUCGAAAAUCUUUUACGAACAUCACUAAUCGAAGAAAAACAAAAUGAAAUGGAUCAAAUUGAACAACAAGUUGAAAUUCCUUUAACAUCCACAGAAGAAAAAAUAGCAUUACAACCAUCAGAAAAUCGUACUGAUAAUAGUGAUGAUGAAGAAAAUCAGUCAGUUAUCAAACAAGAUCAACAACAACAAAAAUCACUCGAUGGUUCACGACGUUCGUCCGAACAUAUAGAAAAAAUUCAGACACAAACAAUUCAAACAGAUCAAUUUAAACUUCAAUUCUUUCAAUUAUAUGAUUUAAUAUAUAAAUUUCGUUAUGCAAUAAUAAAUUUACUUGAACAACAUAAAUUUACAUCACUUGCUGAUCGUCUUCAAACUAUUCAACAAUUAUCAUCUGAUAACGAUAAUAAUACUAUAACAAGUGAUUUUGUUAAAAAUUCCGAAUGCCUAUUAAAAGAUACUGUUAAAGUUUUACAAACAUGUAUAACAACAUUAACAUCUACAAUUAAUGAAUACCAAAGAAAAGAAAAAGACUUCAAAUACGAAUUGGAACCAAUUGAAGAAGCUUCAUCAGUUGAUAAUCCACAAUCAUCAAUUCUUCAAGAAAAAGAAUUGAUGAUUAUUGAUUUAACAACUAAAUAUGAACAUAUAACAAAAGUUUUAAAUCAAACAAAUAAAACAAAUGAAGAAAAAUUAAAUCAAAAUCAAAGUUCGAUUCAUGAUCAACAAAAAUUAAUUAAAAAACUUCAACAUGAAUUAAUUCAUCUUCAAAAACGUCUAACAAAAAUUGAAGCUGAAGGAAUUGUUGAACCAAGUAUUUUGUUUACUCGUCUUGAUGCUGAACGAAAUGAACAAACACUUCAACAAGCAGUUUAUCAAGGAAAAGUACAUGAAACAAUAUAUAAUGAAUUAAACGAAGCAAUGACAGAUUAUAUUCGUUUACCAUCUCAACAAUUCAGUAAUCUUGUUAAACGAUAUAUUCAUUAUCGAAAAGCAGUUGAAAUUGAAAAUCGUAUUGAAAAUCAUUUUUAUGAUCAUGAAACAAGAAAUGUUUUAGAAAAAAUGGAAUCAUUAUAUGAACGACGUGCAAACCAAAUAAGUAAAUGUAUAUCAGAUAUUCGUCAACAACGUGCUAAUUUAGCAAUAACAUUAACAGAAAAAUUUGAUAAUUUGGAAGAUGAAUCUAGUAUAUUUUUAAUACGUCCAGUUUAUUCAUAUCAAGGACGAAUUGCUACUCAAUCUUAUAUGAAAUAUGAAAAACUUCGACGAGAAGCAUUAUUAAAGGAAAAUAAAACAAAGAAACAACAUCAUCCUAGCCGACAAUCAUUACAAUCACAACAUACAAGUAAUCAAAAGGUUGGAAAGCAAAAAAUAUCAACACGAAUACCAUCAAUUAUCUCAUCAGAUGAUGAUGAACCAUGUUUUAAUAUCGAAAAAAGUUUUGUGCUACCUCAAACAUUACAAACUGAUCAACAGAAUGAUUCUAAUGGUAAUAAUAUUGAUACAGAACAAAAACCUAUAAAAUUAAGUGAAUUAACUCGAUUACAAGAAUGUGAUGUACAACGUGCAUUAAUGCCAAUGUCUCAUUCAAGUACACCUCUUUUAUCUGCUUUUACUAAUGAUGGAAUUGAUCCAUGUGUACCAUCAUUAAAUUUACGUUCUUAUGUUGCUUUAUCAAGACCUGGUAUAGGCAAUCCUCGAGUGAGAAAACCAAGUGAAACUAUUACUCGUAUUUCACGAGAUAGUCUUUCUACUAUGUCAGCAAAAAGUCGUGAGAGAAAUCCUCGUACACCAUUUAAUUCCACUGCUGGUGAUUUAAAACGAGCAAGUCCACCUUUACCACCAAUUAAACGAUCAUUAAUUUCAAAUAUCUCAUCUAGUAUUAACGAUAAACAACAUAGUGGAUUGAUUCCAACUAUUAGUACAAAUGAAGUUUCUACUACAAAUUAA